AUGGGUGAUGCACUGCUGCAUUCAAUUGAGGCUAACAGCUACAGGAAGGAGGUGACCGACGACGUCCGGUUCCUCUUCAACGGGAAACUGGAAGAUGAAGAUGGCAACGACGAUGUGUCCUGGGAAGGGGACUUCUCCACCUCAGAGAAAGAAGUCAAUGACGCAUCGACCGAGGAAGACUCGGCAGUAGGAGGCUUCCUGCAUGGUGGGUCAUCGGAGGACGACGAAGAUGAUGAUGAUGAAGAGAUCGAAGGCAGCAGCGGCUACAACGAUGACGGUGGCGGAGAUGAUGGGAGCAGUGACAACGACAGCAGUGAUGAUGAUAGCGACAUUGGUGCAGCCCCUCUGAUCAAGCGCCGCAAGGUCUUAGGCACCUACUGGUGGUAG